AUGCCAACCCCCCCCCCCUUCUCUUCCAACAACCUACAGAGUUUUGUCUUUCUUCUUUUAGUUGAACUGAUGAAGCCAAAGAGAAUAUCAUUACCCUAUCUCUCUUUCUCUCUCUCUCUCUCUCUUUCUCGUUCUCUCUACUCUUUCUAUCUCUUUCCCCACUUCCCGUCUCUUGCUUACUCUCUUCAUCUUUCUCUCAUUCUCUCUCUCUCCCUCUCUCUCAAUGCAAGUGUGAACUUUCGUUUCUAUUUGAUACAAUGCUUACACUCCCCAUCUGACUAUUUCUCGCUUUCUUUCCCUUACUUUAUCUCUUUCGCUCUCUCCUUCUCUGCACGCGUCUUACGCUCUCUUUCUCUCUCUCUCUCUCCCGUCUAUUGGCUACAUUCUUCAUUUCUCCCUUUCUUUCUUUCUUUCUUUCUUUCUUUCUUUCUCUCUCUCAUACGCACACACACACUCUUAUCAAUAAAAAGCAAAUACAAUGCAAGUGUGAACUUUCGUUUUUAUUUGAUACAAUAA